AUGUAAGGGGAACUUUGCAGGGCCUGGGGGUCCCACCUCGAGCCCGGCUCGUCCCCACAGACCUUGUCUUGAUUCAGUCCAUCAUCACGUCUCCUCUCUGCAGCCCAGACAGCUGCUGUAUUUAAACUGUUGCUCCCAAAUCAUCAGCCUGACUCACUGCAGCAGCAGAUCAGAGACGCAGCAGCCGACAUGGCGAGCAGAAAGACAAAGAAGAAGGAAGGCGGAGCCAAAAGAGCUCAAAGAGCCUCGUCCAACGUUUUCUCCAUGUUUGAACAAACUCAGAUUCAAGAGUUCAAAGAGGCGUUCACACUCAUCGACCAGAACCGGGAUGGAUUCAUCGAUAAGGAGGAUCUCAAGGACACUUACGCCUCUUUGGGUAAACUCAAUGUGAAGGACAACGAACUGGAGGACAUGUUGAAAGAAGCAACUGGUCCCAUCAACUUCACCAUGUUCCUCAAUCUGUUCGGAGAAAAGCUGCAUGGUACAGACCCUGAAGAAACUAUUUUAAACGCUUUCAAACUGUUCGAUCCCAACGACCGAGGCUUCGUCCACAGAGAUGAAUUACAGAAACUACUCAUGACACAAGCCGACAGGUUUACAUCUGAGGAGGUGAAGCAGAUGUUUCAGUCGUCAAACAUCGACGCUGCAGGAAACCUGGACUACAAGUCUCUGUGUUACAUCAUCACACAUGGAGAGGAGCAGGAGGAGUAAUAAAAUCUGAAGAAUUAAAGAUUAAUGUUUGGUUUUGUUUGGGUUCAAAUAAAGUCGAAAAAUUAAC